AUGAUGAGAACCAGUGCUUCGCAGUUUGAAGUGAUGAUAGAUUUUAUGGAGAGGAAUAGUGACUUAAACAAGCCAAGCGAUGGCCCUAGCGGCAGGCUAAGGGCCGUUGACAAGUGGCAACAGCUAGCGAAUGCGCUCAACUUGGACACGACGGGGACUUCCAAGCCGGUAGAAAAGUGGAAAAAGGUUGGACCACCUGAGCCACCCGUAGCAUCGAAUUUGGGCCUUCUGCCAGUAGCAGUGUCACCCACACCAAUGGAGCAAGUUGUCCAAGUUGAGAGCAUUAUUGAAGAGUGGAACAAGCCUGGGGAAGGUGGUCAAUCAGUAAGCACGUUCCACACUGAUAUGGUGGAUAAUAGUGCCAUCUCCCCCACAACACACCACGCCAUCAGCCCUCAACGGCACACCGCACCGCGACGCGCGAUCAGUGGGCGCCGCCGCUUGCUACGUUCGCCGGCACCAGCGCCCCCUCAUAGUCGUCGUGUUCCUCGGAGGCACUUUAAUGCCACCGAGCAAUUUUUAAAUAGCGACGAGCACUGGCGGAAUUUGGCAACACAGUUUGUCACUGAGCAUGUAAGGCUGCGAGAAAGAGAGCUACAACAACGAGAGGUGGAGCUCCAGCAGCAGUCUCAGUGGCAAACUCUGUUUGCCAAAUUAAUUAAUUUAGGGGAAAUUAUAGCAAAUAAAAUAAAUAGUAAA